AUGUCAAAAGUAGGUGUCAAGAGUAAUCUUGGAGUUUGUGAAACAGAUGAAAUGGAAAUUGCCACCAAAUGUGCAGACACCUGGAGCAUUUCUGAGCCUGACCACCUCAUGGCAUCUUUCAACCUCACCACCUCUGACCCUUCAACAUUCAUCCUAAUGGGCAUCCCUGGCCUGGAAGCGGCCCAUGUCCUGAUUGCCAUCCCUUUUUCUGUGUUCUACCUUAUUGGCCUGUUGGGAAAUCUCACUAUUCUGUUUGUUGUAGGCAGAGAGCAGACCCUGCACAAGCCAAUGUAUCUGCUGUUCUGCAUGCUGGCGCUCACAGACAUUGGCACGUCUACCUCCGUCGUGCCGAAGGCUCUGUUUAUAUUUUGGUUCAAUUUGAAAGGCAUUACUGUGGGUGGCUGCCUCACACAGAUGUUCUUCCUUCACGCGGUUGGUGUUAUGCACUCAGCCGUCCUUGUGACAAUGGCCUUCGAUCGCUACAUUGCCAUAUGUAACCCUCUGAGAUAUGACACCAUCCUCACCAAUGCACGAAUAGCUAAGCUAGGGCUAGUGGGUUUGAUAAGAGCUGUUCUCUUUGUUCUGCCUGCGCUCCUGCUCCUCAGCAGGCAGCCAUUCUGUGCCAACCGCAUUAUCCCCCACACGUACUGCGACCACAUGGCUGUGGUGAAGAUGUUGUGUGCAGACAUCACAAUCCACAUGACGUACAACUUGGUGAUAGUGUUUGUAGUCAUUGGGUCAGACCUGACACUCAUUGCCCUGUCCUAUGGUCUGAUCGUCAGGGCCAUCCUCAGAAUCUCCUCCAAGAAAGCCCACCAGAAGGCCCUCAACACCUGCACAGCCCACAUCUGUGUGAUACUGACCUCUUAUUCUCCCUCCGUCUUCUCCUCUCUAACACAGCAGUUUGGUCAGGGCAUCGCUCUCCAUGUUGACAUUAUCUUGGCAAACAUCAAUUUCCUCAUCCCCCCCAUGCUCAACCCUGUCAUUUAUGGGGUCAAAACCAAAGAGCUUCGUGACAAAGUGGUCAAAUACAUCUGCAGAAUAUGA